UGUCGUGUCUUUGACAUUCAUGUGCCUUAAUUUGGAGUAGACAGUUGGGUGGAACAGAUGCAUUGAGCUGGACUUCAACUGGUGACCACCUUUGCCACGAUAGAGACAGAGAGAUUAGUUUUGAACCAAGAAAUUAGAGAGAUAUAUAUUCUUCUUUGCCUGCAUCUGGUUUCUCUGCACCCUAGCUAUCCACACUUAAUUUGGCCAGCAAAAGCUAUCUGGUUGAAUAUUAUAGAAACGAAAUGGGUUACUGGAAUGAAAAAGUUCUUCCAAAGAUCAAGAAGGUUUUCGACAAGACUAGUACUGGUACCAAGAAGGCUGCUGCUUCUGAGGCAUGCAAGUCGUUCGACGAGUCUAAGGAGCAAAUCAAUAAGGAGUUUGAAGAGAAGAGGACUGAGCUUCAACCUAAAGUCCUCCAGAUAUAUGAGGCUUCUUCAGCAGAAAUCAAGACUUUUAUCAAGGAACCUAAGGAGGCAGGAUUGAAGAAGAACUCUGUUGUGGUUCAAAAGUUCCUAGAAGAACUCGUGAAAAUCGAAUUUCCAGGAUCAAAACAAGUAUCUGAAGCAUCUUCAAAGUUUGAGCCAGCUUUGGUUCCAGGACCAGUUCUCUUUGUCUUUGAAAAGGUAUCAACAUUCAUAGUCACAGAAGAGAAAGUUGAUGAGCCACCUCCAGCAGCAGCUACGACAACUGAAGAAGCAGGUGGCAAUAAAGAAAAGGAGACGAUCUUAGUUGUGGAAGAAGAGAAGAAAGAAGAAAAGAAGGAAGAGGAAGAGAAGAAAGAUCAGGAGGUGGAGAAAAUAGAAGAAGAGAAGAUAGAAUUGGCAGUGGAGGAGGCUGAAAAAGAAGAAGCAGCACCAGCUACAACCGAGCCUGCCAAGGUGAAGGAAGCUGCAGAGCCGCCAAAGCCUUGACAAACUCAAGUACAGGAACUUGCCUAAGAGUGAUGUCUGUGAGAACUUCUUUUAUAAAACCAAACUGCAAUUUCCAUCCUUAAUUUGCUUUUAAUAUCUAUGGGAUUUGUUUUUAUGGAUUGAUUUCACAAUUAAUGAUUUGAUUCUUUGAUUUAA